CAGGGCCCUGUUUCCACAGAGAAGGGGGGGUGGAGAGAUGAAAAAGGACAUACAGUGCAACGCAACUAUAGCAGAGCAUUUGUUUUUUUUCUUCAUCCAUCCCAUAUUUCUGCAGCCGAAUUGAUUUUGCAAGGAGGCUAAAUUUGGAGCGUGACGUCAGCAGCCGCUGCUGCGUAGCAACCAGAGCAGUUCAACGGCACAUCACUGUUGCCACGGUGACCGGCCCGAUGAUUACCAUCUCUCGCGGAAGGGGAGGGGGGGAAAAAACGCGAGGAAGCAGGAAAGAAGCGGAAAAUAUCCGGCUAAGCGACUGUGAACUUGGGAUUUACGCUGUGGAGGUGGCUUGCUUAUUGAUUGCAAACAAAAGGCAUUUCUUACGGAAACCGCGGCCUACCUCCUGAUUCGUUAUUGUUAUGCCUUUUCUUAUUUAUUUUAUUAGUCGUGGCAGCAGCGUUAUUCCGUCGUCACGUUCGCCGCAAACUGCUCGUUUCCUCAGCGGCCACUGGGGCGAGGGGCGGCGCGCUCUUGCGCUGGUCCCGCCCCCGCUUCCCCCCCCCCCCCACUACCCGCGUCAGAAAGGUCGAUGUUCUCGGGUGACGUCAUGAUGUUUCUGCUUCGAUCCCGCGGCGCGAUAGCCUGUGCACAGUGCACGCUGGCGCUGCUCUAACGGUCCUCUGCCCCCGUGGAACCGUCCGUGGUGUUAUUUCGCUGCAGGAGCGCGAGGGCCUCCUCUUUUUUUUUUGUGAUUAUUCGUGAACGGCCGCUGACGGCGACCGGCAUUUCAGGAUGGUGUUCGAAUUGAGCAACAGCGGCAGCGAUCCGUAUCAACAUUACGUUUGCCUGCAAAUCAGAGAUGCGCCACCCGGCGAGCGAGAGGAGCUGUUUGUGCAGAAGCUGCGGCAGUGCUGCGUGCUGUUCGACUUUGUGUCGGACCCGCUCAGUGACCUCAAGUGGAAGGAGGUGAAGAGGGCGGCGCUGAACGAGAUGGUGGAGUACAUCACGCACAGCCGUGGUGUCAUCACCGAGCCCAUCUACCCGGAGGUGGUGCACGUGUUUGCAGUCAACAUGUUUCGGACAUUGCCUCCGUCUUCAAAUCCGACGGGAGCGGAGUUUGACCCCGAGGAGGAUGAACCCACUCUGGAGGCAGCCUGGCCACAUUUGCAGCUGGUGUAUGAAUUCUUCUUACGGUUUCUGGAGUCCCCUGACUUCCAGCCAAACGUCGCAAAAAAGUACAUCGAUCAGAAGUUUGUGUUGCAGCUGCUGGAGUUGUUUGACAGUGAAGACCCACGUGAGAGAGAUUUUCUGAAAACCACGCUGCACCGCAUCUACGGGAAGUUCCUGGGACUCCGAGCGUACAUCCGAAAGCAGAUCAACAACAUAUUCUACAGGUUUAUUUAUGAAACCGAGCAUCACAACGGCAUUGCAGAACUCCUCGAAAUAUUAGGAAGUAUAAUCAAUGGCUUUGCACUGCCGCUUAAAGAGGAGCACAAGGUGUUUCUGCUGAAGGUGCUGCUGCCUCUGCAUAAAGUCAAGUCCCUGAGUGUCUACCACCCACAGCUUGCUUACUGUGUCGUCCAGUUUUUAGAGAAGGACAGCACGCUCACAGAACCGGUUGUAAUGGGCCUGCUGAAGUACUGGCCCAAGACCCACAGUCCCAAGGAGGUGAUGUUUCUCAAUGAGCUGGAGGAGAUUUUGGAUGUCAUUGAGCCAUCAGAGUUUGUAAAGGUCAUGGAGCCUCUGUUCCGCCAGCUGGCCAAGUGCGUGUCCAGCCCACACUUCCAGGUGGCGGAACGCGCCCUCUACUACUGGAACAACGAGUACAUCAUGAGCCUCGUGAGCGACAACGCCGCCAAGAUCCUGCCCAUCAUGUUCCCCGCCCUCUACCGCAACUCAAAGUCCCAUUGGAACAAGACCAUCCACGGGUUGAUUUAUAAUGCGCUGAAGCUUUUCAUGGAGAUGAACCAAAAGCUGUUUGAUGACUGCACUCAGCAGUACAAAGCGGAAAGGCAAAAAGAGAAAAUGAAGUUUAAAGAGAGGGAAGAAGCCUGGUACAAGAUAGAAAUUCUCGCCAAAUCGAAUCCUCAGGACCUGAACGGUGCGGUUGUGUCCAUGGAGACUGGUACCCCGUCCUCAGAAGACAUCAUGCUGCUCAAGAAAAGCAUGGAGACCGAGGCGGUGCAGGUGCAGAACUCGAAAGGCGAAGGGAAGAAGGUGCUUCUGCGGAGGAAGUCUGAGCUUCCCCAGGACAUGUCAACCAUGCGGGCAUUGGAGGUGCACAGGCGUGCCGAGGAAUACCUGUCCACCUCACCCGAGGCCAUGUGAUCUGCUCCCUUUCUCCCACUCCCAGCGCCUCUGGCUGCCAGCACUCCUCUUCCUCGCAGCCCUGAGGGGCCAAAUUCUGACCAGCGAUCGUUGGGGUUUCGUCUCCACGCUCAAUGAAGAACUCACCGAAAGUGUCAUUUUAUUUCCCCCCACUCCCCACCACCUACCACCCCACCCACACUCGCCUGCCCGCGGCCGGCUGCCCUGGAGAAAGGUGGUCACCCAGCGGUCCUAAGGGAGGUAACAGCACUUCGGUGUUCCAAAUGGGGGACUUUUGCGAUGACAUCUUUCUCCACACUGGAAGGCGUCAUCUUGUUUAUACCGAAACAGAUUGCACUCGAAUUUUGAAAACUGAAGCUCUUUUGGACGUGUGCCGAGGGGACCCAGGCGGUGCUAGAGGGAACGACAAAGAAGGGCCUACAAGAAAGACUUUUAAAAGCCCCCCCCACCCACGAUCCUUGUAAGUGGCAGUGACACACUUUUGCCGAAAGAGGAUAACGUCAUCCGGCAAGCCCAAAUUUAACACGACGGCAUUGUAAUGCGGUCAUGCUGCUCCACAGCUGUAUGAAUUGCUUUUACUGUGAACUCCCCUCACUUUGCUGGUGGAGUUUUCCCCAUAUGUACAGUUUGUAGGUGAUAAUUUCUUUGCUCCCCCCCCCCCCCCCAAUUUCAACCCCACCAUCCCUCCCCCCACCACCCACCUUGAAAGCCGAGCCCUUGCAAGCUUCAAUAAUUCACCACUCGCAAAGUUUAACCCUGGCGUUGUGUAGCUACCACUGGCUUUUCGACCGCGUCUCGGUCAUGAAUCCUUUAAUCAAAACCCUUUUAAUUAAUUAAAAAAUUAACCCGUUGAAGUCUGGCUCCAUUUUCAGUAUUAAUUAUUGAAAAGCAGUACAUGCGUGCGAAGGAAACUUAUUUUUAUCUUGACAGUAAUAAAGGUUCCGUGCCGACCUAAACGGUUAUUGCAAGGCAAGCGAGUUUGUUCAGGUGAGUGGUGACGUACAUUUGCAAGAGGAGUUAGAGCGUGGCGACUCAUUCGUGCCCUAAUUUCAGUUGCAGAAUCUUUGUGUGUAAAUGUUAUGUUUUUAAUUUCUCGUUUUACACUUAGUUAACUUGCAUUCUCUUGUUUACUGCGGCUGUAGGGUGAAAUCACUUGUUAAUAUCCUAUUUUCCUUACUACUAUUUACCUUAACCCAACAGUAAACUUUUUUGUAGCUAUGAUUUUAUGCAUGGGGGCGUGGGGGGCUGGAGUAUUUCUAAUCAGGGUCCUUUGGCAGCACAAACUCAAGUAUGUACAGUCAGUCGUUUUCAUACGCGAAGCUCUGUGACAGGAAUACAGUGUCCACGAUGCCUGAAUACACAAUUUACGGUGCUCAAACAAAAAAAGUGCAUCGUUGCUGUGCACAGGUGUUCCGUUUUACAUGGCACGCUCGCCUGUCCACAGUCCACGCUUUGUCCAGAUGAUGUGGCCUACGUAUCAUGAGGCGACAAUGGAUCGUGUGCCAACACACCUGCCCUCCACCCACCAGUGUCAAUCAGCAUUUGGUGCCAAGGAUAUGGUCUCUCUGCUAUGGAGAGCAGUGUCCAUAACCAGUGUUGAUUGCUCAGAUUUGUGUCUCGGCUUCAGUGCUUAAGGACCUUUGCAUGCCUCCGAUGUCCAGCAUACUUCGUGACACGUGCUUGCCAGUCAGCAGGUGUCGGUGGUUGUCGAAUAGUAUCUGACUAAGUAAACAAAAAAAAUUAUGCUGCAACAUUGUGGGAAAACCCACAACUGCUCUACACAUCAACUGGAGUCCUCGCAGUAGUGCGAAUCCGUUUUUUGCCCAGAAAUGUUGGAAAUGUGGCCACCGUUAUAAUUCGUGGCAGAAUAGCAGCAUGAACAACUGCUUGCCACUUUCACCCUUGUUAAGGCUCAUCGACAGACGCACAGCAUAACGGACACGUUGAUUGACUGCCAUGAAGCGGGUCAAGUGAUACGAGCCGAGAGCCAUCUUCACCAACUGGGGUCUCGAUUGAGGAGGAAGUAGCACGACAAAGGCUUGAAAUACAAGCAGGGCUUCAUUUCUAGCUGGUACACCGAAUUGGUAUGCGACUUUCCAACCAUAGAGAUCUAUCGGAUGUGAUGUGGUGGUUGGACAAAUAUUUAACGGGUCGCUGACCAGAGGACAUCUGGCUGAAAUUAAGGCCUGUUUAAAUGCCACUGGAAUCGACGGUCAUUGCCUGCAAAAGACGUGGGUUUUGUAUUAAGAGGUCAGCCAUCCAUUGAGUGAAUGCAUCUGAUGGCCACAGCACAGUUCGCAGACUGAUCCUCUGGUGAGAGUUGGUCAUCGAUGUCUGGAGUCCCAUUUUACAACAGUUGGUCUGAUAUGUGCACU